AUGAAAAACAUGCUUAAUGCUUCCAAUGGAUGUGAGCAAAUUUUAGAGGAAUCAACCUUCAAACGUCACUCGGUCAUCACCUCAUUUUCAUCUGAGCUUGAAGAGGAAGAGUCAUACUCAAGGCGGCUUCAAACAAAUUGUGACCUUGACCCUGAGUCAAAUUCUCGAAUUAAAACACCUUCGUUGGUCUUAGAAGGUUUGAUCGGACACGCUGAUCCAGAGCACAAUCAAGCAAAACAAUGGCUUCAACCGCGCGACAAUGUGGUCCCCCCACCUUUGUAUCCAGGUACAGACACUGUUUAUGCCACCAAGACUGUAUCUGUCUCACCGGGUCGACCUCGAUUCACACAGACACUUGGUUCUCCUACUGUCGUAGUGAUCCUUCAAGGACACCUUCCUGGCCCUCCUCAACCUAGUACAGCCUUCAACACGAUCACAUUAGAUAAAUAUGGACACAAUGUACCUUUUACUACUACAAAAACCCUCCAAGUGUUGCGGUGGCCACUCUUACUGUCUUGA